GCGACGGCAGACGCAAACCGCAGCAGCUAGCUUUACGUUCAGCAUCUGCUGCGUAUUUCUCGCGCUCCGUGCGUGUAUGCACCACUCAUCGUCGUGUCAUUCGUUGCGUCAACGCUGUCCGCGCAUGUGAGUCGGAGAAUUCCCUGACAGGAUCUCUCGGGUAGGUAACCAGAAUGACCAAGCUGAUGACAACGAGCCAGUUACCGCAGUGGCAUAACACCACCGGAACGAAUGACUGGCGCAGCAUCUGCCACCUUUUGGAACGUUCCAUUGCUACUCUCACGGGUGCACCAGCGCUUAACGCCUCCUCUAGAGAGAGCAUCAGUGCGCUGGUUAAUGGAGCUGGAACAUGCCAUUUGCAGAAGAACCAAUCAGUCAGCAGCCAGCUUGUGAGAAGAUUAAUCACAGAAGGGGAACGUGAACGCCGCUACAGCAGCGUCACAGGCAGCAGCUUGGCACUGCAGGAGCGCCGAAUCGACAGGAAUUGGUCGACCAGUGACGUGUCGUCACUGCCAACGCACGACAGGACGCCGCCGUGGUACAAACAUCGCGAAAGCUUCGCCUGCCACUGUACCUCGCAGACCGACGUCACGCCAGUCUACCUGACGCCCCUGCAGAGAAAGUCCAGAGAGAUCCGAGAGCUGAAGAGUGCACUGAUGAAACUCACUGCGGAAGGCGCAAAAAUGGAGCGUGAGAUCUCCGAGUUGGGAAGCCAGCUAGAGAAGUCGAACCACGCAGACGAUAUCUAUUGCCCAGGUGAUUCCAAUGUGGGCGUAGAUAUCCCAGAAAACAACGAGGACAUUAGUGGCGAGAAUAUCAAUGCUGGCGCCUCCUCAGAUCACAGUGAAAUCAACGGAAGCAAACAUAUUCUACCUCCACCAGUAGAAAGCUCACACGUGUUGGCUGGCCCUUCCUGUGAGAGAAACAGCACCGUGGACAGAUUUGGAAGGCUUGAUGGAAGAGGCGUAACUGCAGCACAGCAGCUAGAAGAGGAAUUGGAUGAUGAAGUAUUCACUCGAGAAGGAGUGGAACUCGGCGAGCAUCAAAGCAUUUCUAAAGACCUCGACGAGAGCGGUUUCUACGAGGCAGGAAUGCUCACCAAAGUCACCGAAGAGCUGCAACACGAUGCGAACAAGGUGUGCAUGUCGUCUGUAAAGGGCAUGCACUCGUGUGACAUGGCUAACGGUGACACGAAGGUCAAACCUCUCACCGAUGGCAUUACGAUCAGCACAGAGAACACCCCACUUCAGCACGUGACACAAGAUAUUUCUAUGAUGAGCAAGCGUGACACUGUGACAGAUUAUCUUCAGAACAACUCCAAUGAUGGCGAUAAUGACGAUGAUGGUGACGAAGAAGAAGGCGACGACGACGAUGAUGACGACGAUGAUGAUUAUGCUAGCUUCAAAAGAGGGAAUUCUGGGCCAACGUCAACCGCCUCCAUUGGCGAAACAGGCAACACCGAUUACACAUCUGGUAUAGGACCUAAAAGCAAAAUGGUUAUGCAAGAUAACGCUGUAGCGCCUACUGUUGACGUCGACAAUGCCUUUCUCGAAAAAAUAAACAAAACGGCAGAGCAGCUAGACGUCAAGAUACAGAUGUCGCUGCUAGAGAAAAAGAUUCUGGAGAUGGAGAGCAACGCGGAGAGUCUGAGAGUGAAGCACGGAGAAGAGAUGAGGCAACUCAAGACUAGAUUCCUCAUGGACAUUGACGACGUAAAAUCCAGUUACGAGCUGCUAGGGAAUGAAGCUAGAAUUCGCAACCGGAACGACGGCUCGGCCGCCACCGCUGACACUGCACGGGGUUUCAUGGAGAUGGUUCACCUCGACGAGGAUCACAUGAAGAUCCUGAGGGAAAACAUCGAACUGAAAAUCUCCGCCGAGUUGAUGACGGACGAGUUAGCCAGCGGCGAGAAAUCCGCCAGGGAGCUGCGCAGUCAGCUGGAGUUCACCACCGACGAGCACGCUAUCAUUAAGGAAGACCACGAGAAUCUCACUGCCGAGAUGAGCGAAAUAAAAUCCAAGAUGGCCGAGAUGGAGACGGAACUGGAAGCGCGCGAGGAAUUCCACCAGCAGACGUACCUGGCGAUGUACAAGAAGGGUAUGAAGGCGGCAAAGUUCGAACAGCAGUGCGAGGCGGUCGACGGCGCGGCGGCGGCGGCGGCGGCGGCGGCGGCGGCAGCACCGGGGAGCUUUGGCGUGUCGCAGCUACUGUACCAGCUCCAGCGCAAGGAGAAAGAACUGAUCAAGAUGCGCAAGGAGAUGUAUCGGCGGACGUGGACCGACGCCGAGGUCACGAUCGAGUUUCUCAAGGACGCCUUCUUCUAUUUCAUCACGGACGUCGAGCCGCAGGAACAUCUGAACGCCAUCGUGACGAUACUGCAGUACAGCAGAGAGCAGAGGAAGCGCAUGAACAACGCGAUAGAAAGCAGCAGCGAGAGCAAACAGAGCGGAAACAAAUUUCUCAAACACAUCCGGUUGACCAGAAAUUCGUGUUCGUAACGUGAUUCUCAAACGCGUUAUAUCGAGUUUAUUCGCGCUUCGAGACAGCGUAGGGUAUAUACAAGUAUAUGAUGGCUCUGGCUCCCGUUCAUCGUGAUUUAUUUAACGUGUUAAGAGUUUAUAGAGAUCGGCCAUGCAAAAAUGAAUGUAAAAUAUCAUUCUAAACAGGUGUAUCAUAUAAAUGUAUCAUAUAUCAUGAUAAAUUUUGUGUAUCAUAAGUGAAUCAUCAUGAUACUAGUGUG